UAAUCUAACACCGUUCAUAAAGCCUCUACUAUACUCGCAUAAUAUAUAUGAACUCAUACAAACACUUGCUUCUUAUUCAACCUUGUUGCCAAAAAAAAGAAAAACAGCUAUAUAUAUAUGAUCUUAAACUUAUUCCACAAAGACUUUUGAAAUUAAAAACUAACGAUGUCAUCUGUUUUACUCCGAACUGGUUCGGGAACCAUUAACUCGUCGUUACUGCCGGGUGCACCUAGAUUCACCAUUCCUCAACGCCACGAUUCGUUUUCUAGUUGGGAAAAAUAUGAAUUUUCGUCUUUGUUACAUUUGGAACUGAACAACAACAACCACCGUGGAAGGAUCAGCAGAGCUAUAUCUGAACCCCAGGCGCUUAUUCGAUUGAAAUCAAUGAUCAUCAGUCGUUCUGGAUCGCAGUCCACGUUUCCAAACAUGUUACCAGAAGUAGACGAGGAUUAUCACUCGUUUUCGGAUGAAGAUGUUGUUAGUGAUACUAGUAGUAGUGUCACCUCAUUCGAGUUUGCGAAGAAAUGUUUUGAUAGUGGAAAUGGCCGAGAUGGGUUUGGUGGAAGUGACAAUAAUAACGAACAAAAGAAGAUUGGUGCGCAUUAUCAAAAAAUGUUGAAGUCGAACCCUAACGAUCCUCUUAUACUUAGAAACUAUGGCAAGUUCUUGCACGAGGUAGAAGGAGAUAGCGUUAAAGCCGAGGAGUGUUAUGGGAGAGCGAUACUAGCUAGUCCCGGAGACGGGGAACUGUUAUCCUUGUAUGGUAAAUUAAUUUGGGAAACACAAAGAGACGGAGAACGAGCUCAAUCUUACUUUGAUCAAGCUGUUGUUGCCUCUCCUCAUGAUUGUAUGGUGAUGGGAGCAUAUGCGCAAUUUAUGUGGGAAGCCGAAGAUGAUGAAGAACAAGAUUUGGGAUCUAAUAAGGUGUUGGUUCCUGGAGCGGUUGCCGUUUUCUAGGUUAAGUUUGAGAUUUCGUGUAUCAGGAUUAUGGGUGGAUGGAUGGAUUGACGAAGCUAAUUAAGAUAGUUAAUUACUGUAGUAUAUGUUUUAAUUACGAAUAAUUAAGAUCAUCAUACCGGCCUGAUUAUAACUGAUGAUUAUUUAAGAUCGAUCUUCCCUUGGGAAUCGAGAGAUCUGAAAUUGUAAGCGAAAUUUGAUUUGAUUUGUUUGUACAGAACGCCAGAGGUGUGGCCAAUCUGAAUAACUAUUAAUUAAUAAAAAUUGGAGCUCGCUCUCUUUUAACUUAA